AUGUGUGCGGUUCCAUCAGCCAUUGACGAGGCCCACUACAAGAGACACCAAGAUAUUGCUGAGCAGCUGCACGCUAUCUAUGAGAGCUGCGGCGAGGCCGAUUGGACUAUAGUUCCGUCCGCACCCAACAUUGCGGCUGAAGAGACACCGAGAGAUACCAACAACUCGUGUGAUUAUGGUACCGAGGAUGGCCGCGUAGCCGUGAUUGCAGGCAUACUGCCAUCAAAACGCGAGAAGAAGGACGCAAAGCGUCUGGUGAGAGCAGCCGGUAGGUCAAGAGUGAUCACCCAGGAAGAGAUUCAAUACAUCGAUUCCAUCAUCCACUCUACCGACGGAAUGUCUAGCAAUGAAACUGAAGGGCCGCGCAACCCUGAAGAGGUUGACGAGAUUGAGAAGCAGCUUCGCUAUCAUGCGAAGGUAUACAAUGCACAAGGAAACCGCGACCGACUUGGAAGUCUCACAGACAAUUCCGGCAAGAUGCAAGAAACGGGAUUUGACGCCGAGAUGGACCGCAUCCUGAACAUCUUUCACAUCACGAGGCUACUCAAACGUAACACCAGCACAAGAGGUCUGCAUGGAAAAGAGCUGGAAAACUUGCUCACUCUUGUCAAUGUCUUAGAAUUGGCUAUAACUGAAGACAUUGUGCAAGCCAAGAGAGAUAUUGCAGAAGUGCGCAUGCGACGAGCGGGCUAUCUACGAUACGUCAACAGAGCUUCGUAUGAGAUUUUAGCGGACAGAUAUUCCACAAAAAGCUGGAAAAUGGGUGGGAAAUCAGCGACAAUUGCAGUCAGUCCGAGUGUCAUGAAAAUCCCAGCCACGGAAAGCAAUGUGUCAUCAAGUGAUCAGCAAGAGAAUCAGCAGCCGAGAAAAAGCUGGGCAGGGGACGGUCCUGACCGAAGGCAUCUCGAGACCACACAUCAGCGUGUGAAUGGUGAUGACGGGCUUCACGAGGCGAGCAUUGAGCCUUACCAAGCGCCAUUAUUACCUCUGCUGCCAGAUCCUACUCCUGGUCGAGCGCCUGUUUCAGUGAGAGUGACCAACACCAAGACAAUACAGCAAGCUGCAAAACCCAUGUUAGCUCAUGUGAAGAAGACAGUUAUGCCGUCAUCCUCAGAUGGCUGGAUCACUACUACCGAUGGUACAAGGUCGAAAGCACCCGCUCUUAGGCUGCCUGUCUGGGAUGAUUUCUCAAGCCAGCAGUCUCAGCUCGCUCGGCCUUCAUUGCACACAGAAAUAUCACCCUUGGACCAGUGUUCUGCGAAUCGCGACUCUUUUGAUGAACCUUUCUCUAAUGCUCCGGCUGUCAAGGGUUCUUUAGCCCCAUUAUCUAAAGGACCAGAGACUUUCGCCACAGAACCAGAGGAGAAAGCUGCCACCGAGCAUGUUAUAGUUUCACAAAAGAAGAAAUCCAAGAAACUACGCGAGGCGAAGCGCAAGGCUAGGAAACUUGGCAUGAUGAGAGACACCGAAGCUUCCAUCGCCAGCAAAGGAGCGAACAACCAAGUCAUCGAAGCUGUUGAUACAUCACUCUGUGACAUUUCGACAGUGUUGGAAGCUGGCAGUCAGAACUCCGACACGGAAGAAAUUUCACUGGCAUUGCCCAUUCAAGAUGUAGUCAGUGUUGGCUAUGAUAUAAUUCAGACAUCAACGAAUACCGGAUCUGCCAUAGCGUCCCUUCAGGAUGUAUCAAACAACCUCCCCACUGAACCUUUGCCAGUCACAACGCAUAGAAAGCAAUCACAUUGGAGAAUUUUUGUACUCAAAUUCACUGCAGAUCAGUUGACAAAUCCUUUCCUGCCAUCGUGGGGUGGCUGCUCAUACGAAUCUUGGUGCAUUUUCGAGAAGAACCAUAUCUUGGACUGCCCAUUCCACCCGCCUCAUUGCCCUUGCGUCGACCCCAUGACAGACCAAUGUUUCCUUAUUAUGCCUGGUGACAAGCCAUGUACUAGUGGGCCUUACAACCGUCUCCGUGGCGAGAAGCUAUUAUCAAUCUACGAAAAAGAUGCUAGAGUUAAGGGCUGCCUGAUGCUCGUUGAUACUGAUUUCAUUAACUAUCUCACGGGAGACCCAUCGAAUCCAGCUAGGUUUCCCAAUCUGGACUCUGAACCAGGACGUCUAGCCCAGGAGAUUGCAGAUUUCCAUGAUGGUUUUGGACCUGGACCUCUUAUGAAACAAGAGAAUUUAUACCAUCGUAUCAAAUAUAGCAACAAAUUCAGGAAUCAACAGCUUAUACAGGAUACACUACCAGAGAUUCAGCGCAAAGCCUCUGGGAAGCCUGGACAGCCCCGCAUUUGCUAUUGCAGUAUCGCGAUGCCGGAGAACUCAUGUCCUUCUCUACGCAGAGACUUGAUAACGUGCUCAUAUCGACAUUGCACCAUCAAGAACUUUCACAAGUCGUGUGUCAAGAAGCUUGGUGUGGAGAAUGUAUCGCGCUGGUACUGUACGCAUUGCGAGAAGCAGAUGCAACUCACAGCCUACAAGGUGUUGUGCGUGCCCGAAAUUAUGGAAAUCUCAGAUAGUGCCUCUGUUCAGAGUCCUCGCCACCAGGAUUUGGGACAUGAAUUGAAGAAGUUUGCUGAAACGGUUGAUCAGCUCUUCAGUACGAUGGCAGGCGAGUUAGAACAGCUAGUACCUGGAAGGGUGUUUGAAAUACUGCAGGAUGGUGGGGAGUUUGGGAGUGAGGGAAUUGAUUUGGGACACACCCAGAGCUAUUGGUCGUACGUCACAACCAUGCAUAAACGCCAACCACACAUGUUUACGAACGAUGCGUAA